AUGUUCCAUGACUCUCCAACCACUGAGCAGUUGAACACCGCCCAAUCUCCUACCAAAUCCAAAGAUGGAGGCUAUUUUCAAUGUGGCUUCUGUAAACGCCACUAUAAUCGAGCGGAUCAUUUAAUCCGUCAUGUUCGAUCACACACGCGGGAGAAGCCGUACAUCUGCGAUGUCUGUGAUAAGGGAUUCGCCCGUCCAGAUCUGCUGAAACGCCACGCAGCGGGACAUGCGCACGAUAGGGAUCGCAAACGUAAAAGAAGCUCCUCCGUUGCAAAGCAAAGUCGAGUAUCACAAGCAUGCAAAGCGUGUGCCUCUUCGAAGCUGAAAUGCGACGAAGAAAAACCAUGUAAACGAUGUCGCGAAAGGAAUCUGCAUUGUGAUUGGCAGGAUGUCGGGCAGGACUCAUCACCUGAACCGUCGCAGCAAAAUGAUGAACAAGAGACUGGGAUGUCUAAUCUGCCGGUCGAUUUGACUGCCACUGUGAAUUUUUCGCCUAUGCCAACCCCAAUGGAUGAUUUCCUACCCAAUGCUGUCCUCAAGACACCCCAGGGACCUGCGCCCGAUGUGGUACUCGACCCGGCACUUAACCAGGGACCGUCGCCAGGCACUACAGUGAAUACACAGCCUCAAAUCGAAUAUGGUGUCUCCCCAACGGACCAAGAAAGUGGUAUUUUCAGCGUGGACGGCACAUUCUUCCCCAAUUUCUUCCCAGACUCAUUCAUAUCCUCGCUCGGCCGAUAUAAUGACCCCUUUGACCCCUCAAGUCUAAUCCCUGAGUUCACUCCUUACGGGGUGCUGGAGAAUCCGGCUCUUGACUUCAGCUUGACCGAUGGCGACUUUGGUCUAAUAGACAUGUAUAAUGCUGGAAGUGUAAUGCCGAGGUAUGAAAACGAACAACAGGACCGUUUUGAUGCCGACAGUGGCAUUGGCAUCGGAGCGGCAGCCUACCACCGGUCUUCGCUAUCGGCAUGGAAACCGCUCCAAGAAGAUCGUGCAUUUAUUGAUCAUGAAAACCUAUCUGUUCCCCAAGUUAUUGAUAGCCCUGAAGUUGCUGCCGACCGACAAAUAUUAAGCGAGCGACUGUCAUCGAGCAGUCGAGACCAGAUUUUCGGCCUGGUUCUUGAAAUCAGUCGCGAGGCCAACCUGAAUCGAAUCAUGAAGUCUUUUCCCAGCACAGAAUUGUUGGAUGGAUUGAUUCAGCAAUUUUUCGAAAAUCAAAGCCACAACGUGGUAUCGUUCAUUCACGCGCCGACAUUUCGCCCAAGUGGUGAACAUGCGAGUAUCCUUGCGGCGCUGGCUGCUGCAGGAGCAGUACGCUCACCAGUUCCUACGAUUCGGAAACUUGGCUAUGCUUUGUUGGAAAUUGUGCGGAUGUAUAUGCCUACGAAGUAUGAAAAAGAUAAUCUCGCCACACGGGACCUACGAACAUCACAGACCUACGCCUUGAAUAUCGAUAUCGGAAUUUGGAGCGGGAAUAGACGAAAGACAGAAAUUGCAGAGAGUUUUUCUCAACCGCUGAUCACCAUGCUCCGUCGAGGGUUGAGAUAUCGUCGGUCGGUAUAUUCGCCCGUUAUUCCUUUCCCAGAGGACACGGAUGAUGUGCUGGAGCGCAAAUGGCACGAGUGGAUCGAACAAGAGUCUUUCAAAAGACUUGUAUACCACGUCUUCCUCCACGAUGCGCAAACUGCAGUCACCCUCAACGUCAAUCCACUGAUAUCCUAUGCUGAUUUGGAACUCCCUUUACCAGCAGCUCGGUCAUUAUGGGAAGCCAAAUCAGCCGCCGAAUGGAGACAGCUGUAUCCUGCUGGUCCUGAACGUGUGCCAUCAUUGGCAGAGCUUCUCCGCGACAUGUCGCAGCUAUCAGCGUUCCAAGAUCGCAUCGAUACCCAAUUCAGCGCCAUGGUUCUUCUCCAUGGUCUCUCUGCCCUGAUCAAUGAAUACCACCGACUAAAAUUUAUUUCAACCAGCAAUUCCAAGCACUGGCAUGCCCUAGUGACCAACUCCCGUCAACAAGAACUCGACCAGGCCCUCCAACACUUUCGCAUGGUAUGCUCAGAGCUACGCGUCCCGUGCCGACCUGAGAUUAUCUUAGUCUGCGAAGUGGUUUCAAUGCUGCUUCACAUGUCCCUAGAAGAGCUCCAACUCUUCGCAGGCAAAGAAGACAAGCAAGAGGCCCGACGGGUAUACCAAUCUGCCCUAGAAUGGAUAGCCAGCACCGACUCUCGAAGAGCAAUCUGGCACGCCGGACAAACCAUCCGUGCCUCUCGCCAAAUGCCCCCCGGGUCACUAACUGGAUUCUUCGCUAUCGGAGUCUUCUACGCUAGUCUAGCAUUCUGGUCUUAUGGUGUGGUGUCUAGGGCCAAAAACACCCGACUCCUAGGAAACCCGGUCUCCCCACUCCCUAGUCAAGGACCGACGGUCUUCCUAGAUGGAGAGGAAGUCGCGGACGUAACUAAGUUCGUUACGAUGGGCUGUGGUCUUCCGGCGUUACAGGGACCUGGCGAAAUAGUCUUAUUGUCAGACUUUGGGUCUGUCAUGAAUGUUGGACAGAGAGCACUGAGAGCGGAUAUCUCUGAGAGCACACCGCCAUUGGUGCAGAGUUUGGCUCAGUUGAUGGGUGACCUGGGACAUUGUGUUCCUGGUGUUUAG